CUUGGCAGGAGAGUGGGGAGUUGAGACACUCCCCUGACAGGCUGUGGGGGAGCUUGGCAGGAGAAGCGGGGAAUUGAGAUACUCCCCUGACUGGCUGUGGAGAAACAGAAUCCCCCCUCACAGGCGGCAGGGCUGGAGAGGAGUGAGCCCAGGACCUGAGUGCAAUUGCCCCUGCACUGGGAGAAGUCCUAGCCUCUCUCAGCCUGGGCCUCACUAUGGUUCUGGAUGAGACCUGUAUCUCGCUCCUGCUGAUGACUGGCACCAUGAUGUUGGUAGGAGGGUGCCGGAAGCUAACCGGACGCCAUAUACACUCCCGACGCCCUCGCAUGUUUCUCCUGGAGCUGUUUGCCACUUUCCAAAUCUGUGCCUGCACCAAUGAGCUCCGGCUGCUGGCCAAUGUGCAGCCCAAGCCACACUUUGCCCUCACCCUCACCUAUGGUUUUACUGUCCUGCAUGGAUUGACUCUGACUGGCAGCACAUGCAAUCCCUGUGGCACCCUGCAACAAAUCUUGGAUGGUGGGAUCUCAGUCAAACAGGGCGGGCUGAAGAUUGGAGCUCAGUUUGCUGGUGCAGUGCUGGCCAGAAUUUACAUCCACUACAUCUGGUCCAUGGGGAUUAUCGAGGUGCACUCUGAGGCACUGGCAGAGGGCUGCAGUAAUCCUAUCCAAACCACUGAGACCCAGGCUUUUUGCAUAGAGCUGCUCUUCUCCACUGUGUUCCAGCUGAGCAUACUGCAAUUUGAAGCUGUUAAACCCAGCCUCAGGGUCCACCUAAUUGCUCUUCUCAUUACUAUGCUGGUGUAUGGAGGAGGAAACCUCACUGGAGCAGUAUUUAACCCAGCAUUGGCCUUUUCAUUACAUGCAAGUUGUUUCCAUGAAAAAUUCUGGGAUUAUUCACUAGUGUAUUGGAUGGCACCUUCCUUAGAUCCGAUGUGACAUCACUAGCUUUGAAAAGAAACUGGCAAGUCCAAGUAUGGAAAACUGGAAGAGGAUGUAUGUGGAGACAGAGUAAAUGAAGUCAGUGUGCUGAAUGCUCCUAAGCCUUGUUACUUGGAUCAACUGGCACAUAACUUGAAAAUAAAAUAAUAAUCCAAAAACUUUGAAGUCAGUUAAACUACAUAUGCUCUGUUUGGCUUUUAAAAGUACGUUUUUCCACACAAUGUCUGUUUUGAAUAAUCUAUUCUUAGGGUAAGAAAUCUGACAGGGAAGAAUUAAUUAAUGCUGUGAUCUUCUACAGGUUCUGCAAGAUUUCUCUUUGCAGGAAACCAUGUCUGCUGUGAUUCUUUUUGCAAGACACUGAAUUUGCAUGUCCCUUUCUACAAAGAAAUGCUUUUUUCAGUAGUCUCCACUGUCCUUUAGACAAACAAACAUAUUUUAAAAUUUUACUGUACAUAGAACCUGGACCGUACGUUCCUCAAAUGUACUUACUUAACUGCCUUUUUGUAUUUUGUCC